AUAAAGAUCAUAGACAAGACACAGCUGAAUCAGUCCAGCUUACAAAAGUUGUUCAGGGAGGUUAGGAUAAUGAAAAUGUUGGACCAUCCUAAUAUAGUCAAACUCUUUCAAGUAAUUGAAACAGAAAAGACACUAUAUUUAGUCAUGGAGUAUGCAAGCGGAGGUGAAGUGUUUGACUACUUGGUAGCCCACGGUAGGAUGAAAGAAAAGGAAGCAAGAGCCAAAUUUCGACAGAUCCUAUCAGCCGUACAGUAUUGCCACCAGAAGAAUGUGAUACACAGAGACCUGAAGGCGGAGAACCUGCUGCUGGACAGCGACAUGAACAUCAAGAUCGCAGACUUCGGCUUCAGCAACGAGUUCAAGGAGGGAACGAAGCUGGACACGUUCUGCGGCAGCCCUCCCUACGCCGCGCCCGAGCUCUUUCAGGGGAAGAAGUACGACGGGCCGGAGGUGGACGUAUGGAGUCUGGGAGUUAUCCUCUACACACUUGUUAGCGGCUCGUUACCGUUCGACGGACAGAACCUGAAGGAACUGAGGGAGAGAGUUCUACGUGGCAAGUAUAGGAUUCCCUUCUACAUGUCGACCGACUGUGAAAACCUUCUCAAGAGGCUACUGGUGCUGAAUCCGGCCAAGCGGACAACACUCGAGAACAUAAUGAGGGACAAGUGGAUGAACAUAGGUUAUGAGGAUGAGGAGCUGAGACCAUAUCAGGAGCCGGCGCAGGACUUUGCCGACCAGCGGCGGAUAGAGCUACAAAUAUCAAUGGGUUACGUGCGGAAAGAGGUCGAGGACUCGCUCAAGGAUAGGAAAUUCGACGAGAUCAUGGCCAUGUACCUGCUUCUCGGCCGCAAGACGACGGAGUGGGACGGCGUGGAGUCGCGGUAGGGUAGCAGUGUGUCGCUGGCUCAGCCCGCCUCGCAGGGCCCCGCGUCGCACUCCCCA